UGGACCUUCCAGGUUACGUGAGUACUAAAAGAUCUGCUUAUGUAAAUGUUCAUGACUAUGAUAACAGGAAUGAGGCAUUUCCCUCUUGUAAUGUGUUAUAAUGUCAGAGAGGAGUUAAUGAAGCCAGACAAGUCCUGAAGAUCUGCGUUUAAGAAUGUGUGUGUUUUAUUAAUUCUUUCCACACAGUGACAGGAGUAAGGUGUUUUUGGAUCCAUGUGAAAACACAGCUAGGAGGGACCGGGUUAUAAAUCAAACACACCCAAUGACCUCCCCGGAAAAAAAGGAGAAAGAGGGGUGCACAAACAUGCAGAAGCUUGUAUGCAUUAAAACAAAUGUAUGUAUUGAAAACAUACGUAUUGAACACAUGCCACUACUUUCAGGUGGGGCUGUGUUAUAAAUCAAACACGUCCAACAGGCUGCGGUAUGAAAAAUAAAAACCCCUGCUGCCUUACAGCAGCCGACAGAGUUCAAAACGAUUCGUCUGGCAGAUCAGUGGGGCAGCGUCGUCAAGCGUCUGAUCUUCUUCUGUUGUCUGUUUUCAUAGAAAGCAAAGGUAAAAGCUUUAUAAUCAGGUUUUCAAUAAUAACACAUGCCCGUCCAUGUGCGCGGUUCAGGAUUAUAAAUCACACAACUCCAACACCUCACAAGGAGUGUGAGUGUGUCUUCAUUUGCUUGAAUGUGUUAAACCAUUCGAGCUGACAAAAUGUCAUAAAGUCAUGACUUCAGACUGAGUCUAAAGGAUCAAAGACCGACUUGUAACUCGAGAAUCUCGAGCACGAACAUAAAUGCAGGAAUCCUGCUCUGUUGCCUCAUCAGUCUUUUCAGAUAAAAGCCUGUUUGUCUUAGAAGAGGAUCAUUUAAAAGCAUCUCCAGGAACUCAACAGGGAAGUGAACUCAUGUCCUGACACACCUUUUUUUAAAAAUAGAUAGAGGUUAUUAAAUGUGUAGUUUGAUAAUGUGGAUGUGUCUUAGCUUGGAUCAGUAUUACCAGUUUUUCCAGCCCUGCACCAUGCAAGCCCAUUAAGGUAAUUUUAGACUCUGCUGUGUUUUUAAUGGGAGGGCCCUAAAGUUGGAGUUUCACUUCAGUCUAGUUUUUCUGAUGGGAAUCUAGCUAAACCCAAUAUAUUACUAUAAACAGAGACAUUUUAAGAGACAGGCAUGGUGCUCAAUUAUACAUGACUUUUCUGAAAGAGCAACACUGGUGGUAGAAGAAUAAUGCCCAGUAGAAAUUAGAUUUGACUGGUAAUUCUGCACACAAAGUGUUUAGAUUUUCAUGACCAAGAUCAAGUUAAAGUUAUUUUAGAUAAUGCUUUAAAACAGAUGUCCAAAUAAGUGUCUAUUCAGGAUUUCUGCUCAAUGGCAAGACUUUCUUAUAACAUACAGUAGACAUGUUAAAUUUACAACUUUCACUACAUGUUUUUUCAGUUCCCCGUCACAGCUGUUAGCAUAAUUGCACGUUAGCAUUAGACUUUUGAAUCUAUCAGGAAGAUGUUUUAGUCACCUGACCCAAGGCUCUUUAUAAUACUGUGUCAGUAAAGUAUUAGAUAAUAGAAUGUAUUGCUGUAAACAUAAUUGAAACUGAGUGGCUGAUGGGAACCCUGCAGGGUGUCAGGUUUCUGUUGUCAGGCUGAACAAUGAAAACAUUUCAUACUUUUUGGAAUUUGGCAGGCGUUUGUCAGUGCACGUAUCCUGCCGUUUAGGUCUCACACAAACUCUUCCUUGACAUUAUUCUAUUUUGAAGCAGCUCUACUAUCUGGUAUCUGACAAACCGACAUGACGGUGACUUCAACCAAAAAUAUGACAGAAUGAUGUUCCAGUAAAAUAUACCACAGCCUCAGACACUGAACUGAACUUCUGUGUGGUGGAGUUUUGUUUGCACAAGAUGGCAACUGUAUCUGAACUCAGAAUUGUGAUUCUUGGAAAAAACAAUGACGAUAAGACAACGCUGAGCACUUUCAUCAGUGAAAGAUAUAACUGUCCUUAUCAAAAGACAAACAAGCAGUUUACUGAAAUUAAAGGAGAGUGGAGGAGAACUCCAUUCACUUUAUUGAAAACAUCAAAUAUCUUCAUUGUGCCUGCAGAAAGAGUGCGAUAUGAGAUAAAAAUGUGUAUCGCACACUGCCAACCUGGACCAAAUGUUCUGUUGCUCCUAGUAAAUCCUUUGGAUUUCACCGAGGAUGAUAGACAAAAAAUGAAGUUCAUCGUGAGUUUCUUUGGACGAGAUGCUUUUAAACACUCAUUGGUCAUCACAACACAUAAUGACAGGGGAGGGAAUUCCUCAGUGAACCAACUCGUCCAAGACUGCAGACAAAGACAGCACAAAAUCAGGCUUGAUGAAAAAUAUUUUCUUGAACACGAUCUUCAAGAACUGAUGAAACAAAUGGAGAAAAUAGUAAGUGAUAACAGGGGGUAUUUAACUUUUACUGAAGACGCUGAUCCCGUUGUGGUGCCUAAAACUACAAAAUCCCCUCUAAACCUGAUUCUGUGUGGGAGAAAUGAAAGCUUGAAAACGUCAGCUGUUAAUGCCAUUCUGGGACAAAGAAAAUGUAUUCCAUCUAAGAGCUCAUCAGAGUUGACCAAACACCAGGCAGAGGUUUGUGGCCGUCGUGUUUCUGUGCUGGAGCUGCCUACUUUGCACGGAAAACCUAAAGAGACGGCGAUGAAUGAAUCGUACAAGUGUGUCGUCCUCUGUGAACCUGAGGGUGUCCAUGCCUUCAUGCUGGUCCUUCCACUGGACCAUCCUACUGAUGAAGACAAGAAAGAACUGGAAGCCAUCAAGAAUACUUUCAAGAGUGUGAUCGAUAAGUUCACUGUCUUGCUUUUUAUUGUUGAAAAUCCAAAUCUUGACCAGUCUUCAGCAGUGGAGAAGAUUCUAAUAGACAACAGAGACAUCCAAGAGCUCUAUAAGCGCUGCGAUAAACAACACAUCGUUUUUGACAUAAAGGAUAAGCAUCAAGUCGCUGAUUUGUUGCAUACUGUGGAAACAAUGAGAACUGUCGGUUGCAGAAGCUUCACAAAAGAUAUGUUUCCAAAACCUCCACUGAAACCAGUUUCAAGACAUGUAUCCCUUUUAAAGCCAGAAAAUUAUAGACAUCGCUGGACACCACCUAUUAGGAUGGUGCAAAGCAGAGAGCCUCUCAGGAUGGUGCUGAUUGGGAAAACUGGUUCUGGGAAGAGUGCCACUGGAAACACCAUGCUGGGCAAACAGUGCUUUUAUUCAAAAGUCUGUCUGAAGUCUGUGACAAGUGUUUGUCAGAAAGAAACAGGAGUGAUUGACGGGCGCCCUGUCGUUGUGGUUGACACGCCCGGCUUGUUUGACACGAUUUUGUCCAAUAAAGAAGUUGAACAAGAGCUUGUUAAAUGUAUCAGCUUACUGGCUCCUGGACCUCAUGUGUUCUUACUGGUGGUGCAGAUUGGUCGCUUUACAAAGGAAGAAAAAGAUACCGUGGAGCUCAUCCAAAACUUUUUUGGUAAGAAGACAAAGGAUUUCAUUAUUGUCAUAUUCACCAGAGGAGAUGAUCUUCGAGGUCAAACAUUUGAGAGUUAUAUAAAAGAAGACAGCGAAGGAUUCCUAAAACAACUGUCAGCUGAUUGUGGAGGGCGAUACCAUGUCUUCAAUAACAACGAUCAUAACAAUCGUUCUCAAGUCAGUCACCUUCUGACCAAAAUUGAAAUGAUGGUGAGGAAGAAUGGUGGUGGCUACUACACCUCAGAAAUGUUUCAAGAAGCAGAGGCAGCAAUACAGAUGGAAAUGCAGAAGAUCAUGAAAGACAAAGCAAGAAAGAUAGAGAGUGAAAAGAGGGAUCUUAUAAGAAAAUAUGAGGAGGAAAUGCAAGUGAAGAGGAACAAGUUAACACAUCUAACAGCCAAAUUUGAAGAAGAAAUAAAAGCAAACCAAGCCCAGGUAGCCAAAAAAAUGGAGGGUUGCAUUAAGAAACAACAGGAAAAUAUGAAUAGAGAAAGAAAAAAGAGAGAAGAAGAACAAAGGACUAAGAAAUUGGAGGAGAAGGACCAAAUUUAUAAGUGGGAUAAAGAAGAUGAAGCUCUGCAGAAAGAAAUACAAAGACAAGAGAUUCCUGCUGGGAUCUUAUUACAGAACAGAGAAACAAUAAGAAAAGGAAGAAAGGCUUGGGAAGAGGAAAGAAGAGCAUGGUGGGAUAAACAAUGUUUAGAGGAGGAACAGAGAUUUUGGGAGGAACAGAGACAACUUAAAAAGCUCAGAGAGGAAGCUAUGCAGGAACUAGAGAGAUAUGAAAUCAAAAGAAGACAAGAGGAACGAAUCGGAAGAGAACAAGAGGAAAGACAACUGAAAGAAAACUAUAGGAAGGAACUGGAAGAAAUGAUGAGGAAACAUGAAGAGGAGGCCAGAAAACAAGCUGAAGAAUGCAAUGAAUUCAGACAGAGAUUUAACCAGGAUAUAUCAGCUGAGAUGGAAAAAUAUAGAAAUGAAACAGAAGAUUUGAGGCAGAAUCAACAAAACCAAAAUGACUUCAUGAUAAUGCAGCUCAGGAGAAAAAAGGCCUAUGACAAAGACUUUGACAAGCUGCAGAAAAGACAACAAAUUCAAAUGACUAACCUAAAAUUAUCAAGUUUGCACUUUGACAGUAAAGAGCAGCUAAACAAGCAAAUUGAUGAGCUGAAAAAAGCGCAUCAAGAGGAGAUAAAUGAGUGGAUUCAGGAACAUGUGAAGAAAGCCACACAAAAUAGCGCUUGUAGCAUUUUAUGAGAAGUUUUGCGUUUCAGUGUUGUUCAGUUUUUCAGUGUUAGAUGUAUUAUAUGUAAAGUCUGUAUAAAUAAAGUGAUCACCAUAGCUAAUGGGUUUUGCACAUGCAGGUCAGAGUAGCUGUAAAAGACAGCCAGGGUGGCAAGUUUCACUUUGUAGACAUUUAUGGAUUUCUUUUCUUUUUUGCCAUUCGACAAAGGUCAAAUGAAGUUUACUUAAAAGCAUUUACUCUGUUAAUAUAUAUGUAUUCUUUUUUUUUUUAAAGACAAUUGGAAAAGGAAGAUGUAGAAUUGCUGACAAAGUACAUUUAUUUUUAUUUCACAGGGAGCCUUUUAUUCUUGAAAAUUGUCACUCCAGUGAUAAAUUUAUGUACAAAAAUAGGCAAAGACUGCAACAACACUUUUGAAAAAAUGUUGUUCUUAUUUUCUUAUAUUUUCUCUUAUAUUCAUGUUAUUAAUCACCACGGACGAUCUGAUAUCUUCGUGUUGGUGUUUUUCCCACAUCAUCAUAAUAAAUGUUGUUCCAUGUUCAACAUUGCAAGUGACCAAUCACAUUGUUGUGACGUCGCCCUUUUGUGCCUUUGAAAAAUCUACUUCACUUGCGAGAAGAGAAACCGCUUCUGUCCGCCGACCCAGGAACUUGAAUUCUUUGCAUUUCAGGAUACUUUUCUUUAAUAAACGGUAAGCAUUAUACAUAUUGUCCUUACAGAGGCGGUUUCUCUUCUCGCAAGUGAAGUAGAUUUUUUGAAGGCGUUUGUUUUUUUCGAGGUCGCGGAUGACCUCAGGAGGUGGUGAUUGGUCACUUGCAAUGUUGAACCUGGAACAACAUUAUUUAUGAUGACGAGGGAACAACACCAACACGAGGAUAUCAGAUCGUCCAAUCACCACACUGGCAGAGAAAGCAUGUCUUACACUGCAGUGCCAAUCAGCUGGAGAUUGUUACCUGUCACUUUGUUAAAUUGGUCAUAAAGAGGUGUAAAUAAAUAAGUAAUGGUGCUGCACAGAAAACCACUUUGUGAUUUUUGAUUUUACUUUUUAGCUGGUGUUUCUAGUUGAGCUCUGCACCAAAGGACAGCUACGACGAGGACGGAACAUGUAUGUGUGUCAGCUCUGUUGACUGCCAACAUACAAACUUAUCUUCAGUGUGUUAUUACACUGACCUCUUCUUUUUGAAACACUCCUUAUAAAUGUUCUGGUUGCUUGUUUUGGUGUCUGUUAUUAUCAGCUUAUUAUUCAUAUGUAAAUCUUCACUUUAAAUCUCAAUAGAAUAUGCUACACAAAUUAAGCUUGACUGAUUGAGAAAAAAAAAUCUUUACAGAAGUGAACAUAUUGAAAUAAACUAAUAAAAGGUGACUGACCUGUAGGACCACCUAUUCUUUAUCUUGCAUUGACUUGUAUUAUAAAUUAUGUGAAUGGAAUCAAACUAAAGUCUAAAUAAACAUGAGAGUCCAGUUUGAGACUUUUCUCCAAUUGGCUCUUCAUUACAGUAGGUCAGAGUUUUACUGCGUCCUUGUAUAUUUUUUACUGCACAGUAACUUUAUAUACUGUCAGGUAGGUUUGUGUAUCACAAAGAAAAAUAAUUUAUUAGCAGAUUUGACAUUAAUGGAUGAAUAUGAUCUUAUACCUAAAUAAUAACUAACUGUAGGAGACUAAAAGAAGAAAAAAGUACUAUGUUACAUUCCACCACUUCUUUCCUUUCUGAUAACGCAGAACAUUGUCAGAUUGAAAGGAAAGGGUUGGGCAGGUGCAUAGUUUGACAAGGUGUUUCAUGUUUCAGGCGUCAUUACUGAAG